AUGGCUGUUGCUUGCCCAGUUGUUACGGAUCUGACCAUCCGUACCGUCUCUCCCACAGCUCCUCCUUCUACUUGCGAUCUAGACCCGCAGAAAUGGCAGCGUGUAGAGAAGGAGCUCUACCUAUAUACAUCUCCGCAGAGUGCAUGGCUAUAUGUAGCAAUAAAGAAUGAGGAUGAGCUUGAGGAUAAGGAUUUGCUGGUUAUAGAUAUCAGAGUCGGCGAGUCGCAUCCUGACCCAGGCUCAGGCCAUUCAUGGGAGAGUCGACCUGGCGGAAUCUGGCUGCUGAGAAGCAAGUUCUCUGGCACGAUUGACCAGGCUGUAACAGAGGUGGACGUUCUAUUCGGUACAGAUGCCGUUGACCCAAGGCCACAAUGGGCUCUCAUGCGAUCAGCGCUCCAACUCAACGCUCCGUCAAAGGUCCCGGUUGCAAGGUUGAGUGUCCUCCGCGGCAGGGCUAAGCCUAGACUAGAUGCUAAACCGAUUUUGAGAGUCAGGGAGGAUGGCAAAUUCAAGAUUGUCCAGAUCUCCGACACACAUAUGGUCACUGGUGUUGGAGUGUGCAAAGACGCUAUCGAUGCACAAGGGAACCAUCUACCAGAGAGUGAAGCCGACCCACUUACGGUAGAAUUCAUUGGAAAGAUCUUGGAUGUCGAGAAACCAGACCUGGUGAUUCUCACGGGAGACCAGUUGCACCACGACAUCCCCGACAGCCAAUCUGCUCUCUUCAAGGUGGUCGCUCCUAUCAUCGACCGUUCAAUCCCAUUCGCAGCCGUCUUUGGAAAUCAUGAUAGUGAGGGCAUCCACGCAUUACCACGAAAGGCACAGAUAUCAAUACUUCGAGAUCUGCCUUUUAGCCUCUGCGAGCCAGGCCCAGAGCAAGUCGACGGUGUUGGUAACUUCUACCUUCAGGCCCUAGCCCCGGCCCCGUCACAGUUCCCGCUUUCGACUUUAUAUUUCCUAGAUUCGCACGGUCAAAUACCAAGCAAGAUACGCAAUCCCGACUAUGAUCCUAUCCAGCAAAGCCAAAUCGACUGGUUUCUGAAUACUUCCAAAGCACACCGAAGCGCGCGUGAGAAGGACAAGGACAAUAACGACAACCGGUUUCAUCUGUCUCUAGCUUUCCAACACAUCCCGCUCCCCGAGUUCAAAGAAGACCGCUACCUUAGUAUACGCAGCGGCCAUCGGAGGGAACCGACUGAGGGCCCCAGUUUGAAUUCCCAUUUCUACGACGCCUUGGUCAAAGAGGGCAUACUAGCAUUAGGUUGCGGGCAUGAUCACGUUAACGAUUUCUGCGCUCUAUUGAGACAACCCCAGCAGGAUGGCGGCAAGAUCCCUCACCCGGGCCCUUGGCUAUGCUAUGGAGGUUGCACUGGGUUCGGGGGAUACUGUUCGUACGGCGGAGAGCGAUUUCACCGACGAUCGCGGGUUUGGGAGCUCGAUACGAGUACCGGGAGCUUGAAGACUUGGAUGCGGGUCGAAUAUGCCAUGGACAGGGUUGAUGAACUGGUGCUUGUGAGAAGUGGAGUGGUGGUAGAUCAUCUUGGAGGAGGAGAGGAAGAGAAAGGCAAAAGCCGUAGAGUGAGUUAA